UGGACUCAUUAUGCACACCAGACUUGGCACCACACACAAGUAUCGCCAUGGUAGGGUUGGUACUAUGACAUUUAUUAGAGGAACGAGCACUCCUAGUAGACAACUAUAGUCUUCUGAACAGUCCAUAGAUGUCAGAAGACGGGUAGAACCUGGUUUCAGGGUCGGAAAAAUCUCAAAGGUUGUCUGAAAAGGCGGGAAAAUUCGUGAUCUCAACUCCCAGUGAUAUCAAGACAUCCGGAAGUGGUGGUGACCGGCUGAGGAUUUCUCUGCCAUAGUCUACAUUUUCUUUCCCCUUCUUGACUAUUUGGGAACGUCUUCAAGAUCAUACAAAUCUUCAAGAUGCCUGUCAGGGAAGAGAGGAGUAUCCACGCCUUGUUGAGACUUCGGUCAGCCAAACAGGAAGAGAUUUUGGAGACUUCUCUUGACUACAAGAGCGGUGCAAGUUUCAGAGGGAACUUGGACGGGACGAAACGGGUUGGGAAAGGCGUCUUCGUCUGGCCCAACGGCGACAGGUAUGUUGGAGAGUUCAUGGACAACUCUCGCUCAGGGCACGGCCUGCAGGAAUGGGCUGACGGGUCACAGUACCAGGGAACCUUCGACAGGGACUUGAGACAUGGGACAGGGGAACACACCUGGGCUGAUGGACAGGGGUACAAGGGAGACUUCUUUCGAGACCGUCGCCAUGGUAACGGCACAUACACCUGGCCAGAUGGCACCUCCUUCACUGGAACGUUCUAUCUGGAUAAGAAGGAGGGGUACGGGGAGUUCUGCUUUCCUAACGGUAACAAAUUCCAGGGAUUAUACAAGAAUGAUGAGAGAUAUGGUCCCGGUGUCCUCACCUACCCCAACGGUCGCCAGGAUGUCGGACUCUGGAACAAGGAACGCCUUAUCCGGCUCUGUACACCAAUCAACGAAGUCUUCACCAUGCAAGAACACCCCGAGUUCGAGUACAACCCCACACUGCACAUCAAAGACAUAGAAAUCACAGAAAUCCUUUCCAAGCUAAAGCACGGAUCACAAGAUUCCGAGUUACCAACCGUACAAUACCUUACCGUUCCUCUCAGUACGGGCGUCCCAACUUCGCUCGCGCUCACCGACACAAACAGUACGGGGCGCGAUCCCACAGAUAGUAUCAUGCUAGAAUUCGAGGAGGUCAUUACGUCCGACUUGGACCCCAGUGUAGAGUUCGAAGAGCAGUUCUUCCACAACGUCUUAGAAAAGAAGCUAGAAGACGUGAGCACGGUUAUCAAAGCAGAGAACAAUACUCCAUCCCUCAUAGAGCUGCAGAAGCACAUCUACAGACACAGGCUCAGACAGAACACGGUAACGGCCGACAUUGAGGCAAUACUGAAGGGAGAUAGGGGCAAUUUCGGUAGGAAGGGACCGUUAGAACUGGCCUCGGAGGAUCUGAUAAGAGGCUCUACGCGUGGGGAUUUCCAGUUGGUGUACAAACUGCUGCAGAAAGGAGAGGUGCACGUUGAUGUGGCGGAUAGGAACGGUGUGACGUCAUUGCUAGGAGCAUCUGUCAACUGUCACCAGAACGUCAUCAACUGUCUCCUUGACAACGGCGCCGACGUCAACAAACUGAGCGACGAGGGAGUAUCUGCCAUCGCGGCGUGCCACAUCUUCUACUACCCCGUCGAUUCUUUCAAGUUCAACAUUGCCGAAAAGGGCAUGAAACCUCCUGAGUCCGAGAGGGAGGAAGCCACGACAGAAGCGGACACUUUGAGCACGGGCAAGAGGAGAGAUCCACGGCGCAGAAAAAAGCAACAGAAAACGGGAAUUGAUGAAACAGAAGCCCAGCUGGCCUUGGAGUUCGAGAAAGCGCUUGCAAAGAUGGAGGAACGCGAACCACUGCCAGGUGCUCCGAGUAAAGACUUGGUUACCGGCGACUCAGCGCACGUAGACAGUGGGAUCGACCUCAUGAGCGCCGAGGUCACCGAUGAAGCAAGAAGCCAACAGCUCAAAAUAAAUCUGACCCCCGAGUUUGCCACGUAUGAGGGAAUGUCCGAAGAGGACAACCAGUCUUACGACUGGAGACAUGCGAAGGAAAACCCCAGCGAACUUGAUUUUCACUUAGAAAAUGACGUCACCAGUGAUUUCGAGUCCAACGAGAGUCUGGUUAACUACAAGAUCGAAGUGACGGAACAGCUUAUAGAGAGAACUGCGACUGCGCUGAGUAUGAACGACCGGGUCGUGAGCAGACUGAGCAAGCAGCGGGACAACGGCACAGCCAGGCAGAUGGCCUUUGCCAUGUCGGAGCACAGUAUCAUGGAAGCUACUAUCAGGCUCCUACUACGGAGGGGUGCGGACCCCAAUGCGGCCCAGGUCCCCAUGCCAGCCAUGUUCUUUGCCAUCAAGGCUGCAGAUGUUGGUGCAGUGAAGCGCCUCCUGGAGACUCACGCCUCAACUACAGCACAGCUAGGACCAGAGAAAGGGGGCCUCGCUCCGCUGCACAUUGCAGCAGCCAUCCCAGGGGAGGAGGGGGUUGAUAUCACCCAGCUGAUCCUGAAGGCAGGGGCAGAUCCCGACAUGAGGGCACACGAGGACGGCACGGAAGAGGAUCAGAAUGGAAAACUGUCUGCGAUCGAAGGAGGCAGGACACCUCUUCACAUCGCAUGUGAGCGGGACGACAACAACUGGGAUGCCCGCUCUGUCGUGCGACUGCUCCUUGAAGCCGGAGCAAACCCCAAUCUCCUGUGCCAGGGGCACUCUCCACUGUCUCUGGCUAUAGGCAGUGGGAACGACUUGGCCAUUGAUGAGUUGCUGGAGUUCGGUGCGGACCCCAGCUUACCGCUAUCCCACGGUGUUGGUAGUGCCCUGUGUGCCGCCUCUUCUAUAGCCUGCGAACAUAGGAGACCACCACAUGCCAGGAUUGCACUGAUUGACAAACUGAUAAGGGCAGGAGCUAACAUCCUGGCCCCCAUCCCCAUCGGCCCUAAGAAACUGCAGGGCACUGCUGUGGACUAUGCUUACUUCGCAUUCAACCAAGACAGACGUAUUGCCCACACCCCCUACCACGCGCUGACCCACGCCGAGAGGGACACGUACAACGCCCGGCGCAAACUGCUGGCUCACCUCGGCGAGCUGCUGAGGGAGGCGGCGGUGUCACGGGAGCGAGAGAUUCUAGAGCAAGAUGAGAGAGACGGGAGGAAAAGUGCAGGUCCGAGUGAGAAGUUUGUGUAUACAGGUGCCGGGGCCUCCCACCCCACCCUGAGGUCACGAGGCAAGGUCGGGUUCAGUACCAUGGCAACGGACAGCACUGGGAAGGAGAAACCUCUGGUGGACAGGGAACUGGACGAGGAUGAUGAGACAGUGACUGGCAUCAUCACUGUGGACGUCGGACAGGCAGCGGCCAUGAAGGGAGUGAAAGAACUGGCAGAGUCGAUGUCACGCAAAGCACAGAGCUACGUCAGGAAACCUGUCUUCAAGUACUGUUACGAGUGUGGCCGGUCGGUGGGUGUGCGUCUGUCAGCCUGCACCAGAUGUAAGGAAGUGUACUACUGCAGUAAGGCCUGUAAACUCAAGGCUUGGAAUGCCAGGCACAAGGAGGAGUGCGUCAGGAUUGGAGGUAGGGAAGGUAGUCCAAAGAGUAGAGGGGACCGUACUCGCAUCGACAGCCCCACCCCAACCACCAACCCCAACCCCAACUCACGUGUCACCGUAGACCAGCUCAUGGGGAAAAGUCUCAGGAACAACACCACCACUAAAGGAGCCAAAAACACGCAGAACAAAACCAAAGCUAGUAGAAGCACAAUCAGUUCCGUCACCGGGUCUAAACUUAGCGAUGUCGGGAGGAAAGGUUUGAAGUUGGGGUCCAGAGGUGGCUUAAAGUCGUCGGAGACAUCCAGUGUGUCAAUUAAGGAGAAUUACAGUUUUAACUGAGACAAAUCAAUUAUGUGUCUAUCAGGGCUGUCUCCAGGACCCGUUCCUCCGUCCCAGGACUGAAACUUGCUUGUUGGGACAGAGAAAUGUUUCACCCAGUCCGUCCCCAAAGUCUAAACUUUAUGACAUGAAAUUGUUGAUAAUGUAUUUGUCAUAAGCUUAGAAUGACAAAUUUUACAACGCAAAUUGGCAACAUUGGCUACCACACAAUAAGUGGGACGGAAAAAAUUUAAAGCUGGAGAGAGCCCUGGUGCCGAUACUUUCAAAUUCUUUGCAAAGAAAGACCAGAGAUAUGCUUUGUCUUAGCCAAGUGAGAUUGCAUAUUAUUGUUACAUUCUGUGUAUGAUGUGCGAAAUACUUUGUGGGCUUAGUUUUAAAUGAAUUCUGAAUGGAUGCAAUCCGUCCACGUUUUGUAGCAUUGGUGCCAUCAAAGAAUCCCUCCAGGUAUGACUGUGAAAGAUGCUGCAUUUUUCAAACUAAGACCACUAACAGUAUGUAUAUAAUAUUGAAAAAUAGAUUUAUUUUGUAGUAAAAUAAGGGAUAAGUACUUUAUGACUUUGAAUAUACAUGUAAAUGUAUAUGAAGAAUUGACUGUUGGGCCUUUUAGUCCCAUGCAUGUGUGUGAGUGACCACUGACCAAGCAAUUUCUUGUAUCAUCGAAUUUCUACAAUGGUUCCCACGCCGGCCCUGUGAGUAACAGGCUAGUAUGUGCCACACAGGGAUGUCGAUCUCGGAGAUUCGAGGACGAAUCUUGAAAAGAAAAGGGGGAGUAGUGUAACAGUGGGGUUCUAGCGCUGCCAAACUGACCACGCCAACAGCUCUUGAGCUUUUGGUGUUGUGGUUAGCACGUUGGAUUUGUGAUCCGGCUGCCCGGGUUCGGCGCGGGUUCGAAUCCCGGGAGUCGGGAUGUCGUUUAUUUCUGUUCUUACUCGCCCCUCUGAAUUUCUACAAAGUUUCGCAAAAUUUGAAUCUUGUUUAAUGCUGUACAUCUAUGUAACAUUACAGUUUCGAAAAGAAUAUUAAGUGUAGUGAUUACAUAUGUGAUCAUGUCUAUGAUUGAAAUGUUUUUUGAAUUAGGAAAAAGAUUUAUGAUUGUUGAAUAUGAGGGCUACCAAAUAUUGACAAGAUAAUUCCUUCUACCAUUGAAUUAUCGGUAUUUCAGAUUGUUUGAGUCUUAUUCAUUGUUUAUAGAUUAUAUUACUCAUAACUUUAUAGAAUAUAUCUUUUAGACAAUGAGGUAAAGUUUUCUAUGAAGCAUUUUUUUCAUAUGUGUGAAUUUGAUAUUGCUUGAGCCACAUUGAGAUACCUUCGCAAGCUGUGAAGACAAGAUUGUGUGGAAUUAUGUGUAAGCAUUGACUAUCUAUCUAUCAUGUUUAUUCAUCAUUUGUGAAAGAAAAUAUCUGUAUGCAAUAUAUACAUGAACGUAUGAUACAGAGAAAUGUCAGAUUAUUGCUUAUGCUU